AUGGCGUCGCUGUACUACGAGUUCUACCGCGGAUCGUCGAUCGGGAUGGCGCUGACGGACGCGCUGGACGAGCUGAUCACGAGCGGGGCGAUCACGCCGCAGCUGGCGAUGAAGGUGCUGAACCAGUUUGACAAGUCCCUGGCGGACACGAUGGUGAAGCAGGUCAAGACGAAGACGACGCUCAAGGCUCGUAUUCAAACCCCUUUGUUCCUCUGCACCUACCGCCUCUGCGACGACGUGUGGACGUUCAGCUUGCGCAACGCCCAGUUCAAGAUGGAGUCGAACGAGAUGGUGAACACGCCGAAGAUCAAGAUCGUCGCGUGCAAGAACGGCGACGCGGUCGACCCCGGCAAGAAGUGA